AUGCUUCAAGAUUCACUGUAUGGUACUAGUAGGAAGAAAAGAUCUGUAGGCUUUACCUUGACGUGUGAUGCGCUUGCGGAACUUGGAGAUGGAGUGAUAGCUUUAACUGUUGAAGACAUAGGUUCAAUUCCAGACGAAGAAAUCACAAAUUGCCUUGAAAUUCUUGGAGGCGUUUCAUCAUGGAGUAUUGACCAGAAGAGAGCUAUUUUAACUUUACUUCAAAAACAAACGGUAUUCGGACAACCUGGAACAUGGACCUCAGACACAUUAUCGUCUGCUGGUGCUAUCAUUCAAGGAAUGACCAUCGAUGAAAUCAAAUCACUACAACUUGAUGCUGACGCAAUGGAAGUAUUAGGAGAGCAAGAUGGUUGGACGGAAGCUCAGAAAAAAGAAGCAUUCCAGCGUUUCUUGGAUUAUUACAAAAAUGGUCAGCAUGUAAACGCUUUGAGUGCAGAAGAAAUCAGCAUUUUGGGCCACUUCACUUGUGGAAUGACAACGAAUCAGAUCGCGACAAUCCAUCAUACUACCUAUUUAAAUGCGUCAGAAGCUAUAGGACAAGUAACAAGCUGUAAUGAACUACAAUUUAUUGAGUGGGCUAAACUUGCCAAACUAGCAUUUGGUGAUGAUGUAUCGACCUGGGAUACGUCUACCAUUCAGAGAGUUGGCACUGUUAUUGGUGGCCUUAAAGCAGAGGAUAUUCGAAAGCUUUCUGAGGAUCACAUUGAUAGCAUCAAUCCAGAUCACAUCACAUAUAUUCCAACGUCUACUUUUGAGAAAUUUUCUAAAGAACAACUAGGAUUUUUCUCUUCAAGCCAAGCCCAGUCUACAACUACCUCUCAGUUAGAAGCUUUAAACCCUGACCAAUUAUCUGUUCUAGCUCGUAUCGCAUCAACAGUUGAUGCUGGCAUUCAAGCAUCUCAAAAUCAAGGUGGAAGCAAUUAUGCCGGCAGUUUCGGUAAGGGUAAUUAUUCGGAAAGACUGUCAUCAAGUUGGAUAUCUACAGUGAUAUUGGUUUGUUCUGGGAUUCUACUGUAUUUUUAAAUAGAAGCAGUAACGACACAUUUUUCUGAUGUUGAAUGAAAACCGACCUUCGAUAUGGAA